ACUCCCAAUGAUCACCCAACUAUAUUAAUGUUAGUAUAAAUACACACUUACACUACAUAUAUAUAUAAUACUCUCCUCCAUUUUUUCAUUCCCUUGGCUCGUAACCAUAACACUCCCUGAAAACGGCGCCGAAGAAUCACAAUCGCCGUGUUCGCCCACUCCUCUACAUUUAUACUUGUUGACAAGGUGAUCAUAAACAAUAUAUGCUUGGUCACUUCCAGACCGAAGUGAAUUCCCUGAAGCCGGCUUCCGGAAUGUGGGGCGACGCCGGCUUCUCUUCGCUAUCUUCGACACUCGGCGCCGACUUUGGGAGCGGUGAAUCCUCUCGCAUGCGGAGUUCCAACGCCUCCUCCGUCGAGCUCGAGAGAUUCAUCAUGGGGGACUUGUUUCCAGUUUCUCACGAUUUUGAUGAUCUGCAACAUCACUUGGAUAGCUUUUCCUCACCUGUUCUAUCUCUUCCACACCCCACACUUUUUUCUACUGCUCUAUCAAAUAACAAUAUUGUUACAGUGGGAGAUAAAAAUGGUUUGAUGGGUAAUGCUGAUACCAACUCAGGAGCACCUCAGUAUAUUUUUCCUGCACCCAUAGCAGCUUGUAUAGAAAAGCAAGUGUGUACAAGAGAAGUAGUUGUAGAGAACGGAGAGAGUAGUUUAGGUUUAAGAGCAUUGAAGAGACUGAAGACGAUGACACAGGGGGAUCGGAAGCCGACUUCGGCGAGAAAACAGUUGCUGAAGGCACCUGCGAAGAGAAGCCAAAAGCUGGGAAAUAAGAUCACAGCUCUUCAGCAGCUUGUUUCUCCUUUUGGGAAGACGGAUACGGCAUCAGUGCUUCAUGAAGCAGCAGUUUGCAUUAAUGUCCUUCAUCGGCAGAUCCAGAUGCUUACUGCUCCUUCCUUUGGGAUAAAUUCUUCAGUUUAUCAACAGGCCGGCCGUGGGGGCCAGAGGGCCGACUUGCGAAGCAGAGGCUUCUGUCUGGCGCCUAUAUCUCCAACCAUCCUUAACCUAACGGAUCAAGUUACACUCGAUCGCGAUGAAUCGACAGCUAAAAGAGAUGAUUUUUACUACUAGCUUGUCAGAUGCAGCACGAAUCAUGAUCAUCGCUAACCUAUAUAUCUUCCAUCCAUUGUUCUUACUGUCGCAAUUUUCAACUACAUAUACGCUGUAUUAUCUAUAUAAAAAUUAACUUAUAGGUGCGUAAUUGCAGCGAUUAUGGCUUUGUUAAAAUGUA